AAUCCAGUCCAUCCACGCUCGUCUCUUCUUUCUCUUUUGUUAGAUCUUACAGAGAGAGAGAGGGGGUAGAUCUUGCCCGCGGACGCGGACGGCGGCACGCAGCACAGCAGAUCUAGGGUUUUCCGCUCCACUCCCUCUCAUCCCCCAUGGCUUCUGCGGCGGCGGCGACUCAGGUCGGCACCUACUUCUUGCGCAACUACUACAACCUUCUCCAGCAGAGCCCCGAUGUCGUCCACCAGUUCUACAACGACGCCAGCACCAUGGUCCGCGUCGACGACCUCGCCGGAACCAACACCACCGCCAACACCAUGAUGGAUAUACACUCCCUCAUUAUGUCAUUGAAUUUCACCCAAAUCGAGAUUAAAACAGCCAACUUUCUCAACUCGUGGGGUGACGGUGUGCUAGUUAUGGUAUCUGGUCUUGUACAGACCAAGGAGUACACCCACCAAAGGAAAUUCAUCCAGAUGUUUUUCCUUGCUCCCCAGGAGAAAGGUUACUUUGUUCUCAAUGAUUAUUUUCAUUUCGUUGACCAAGAGCAAGUGCAACCUCCGCCUGUGAUUGCCCAGGACAACUUUGAGUCUAACAUUGCAUCCAACACAGCCGUCGAACCUGUUCCGGAGUACAUUCACGAAGAGGAAAAUCAAAGUGCUGUCCCAAUAACAACUGAAGAAAGUGAUCCUGUUGAGGUUUAUACUUAUUCUGAGCCACCACAGCAAGUAGUUUCUCAGUCGGACAACUGGGCAGACGAGCCUCUUCCUGAAGAACCAAUUUCCUCCUUUACAAAUGGGAUGGCGAUGGCACCAGAGGAGCCAAUGCAACCUCCACCAGUGCCAUCUCCUCAUGUAGAUGAACCUGUUGGUGAACCUGUUAAGAAGACCUAUGCCUCCAUUCUAAGAGCCGCAAAAGCUCCUCCGGUGUUCCCUGUGGCCCAGCCAGCCUCGACUAGGCCUUCUCACCAGGCAACUGAGACAAACCAGACAACACAUGCAGCGAACCAGGCUAUGACUUCGUCUAUGGCUGCCGAAAAGCCCAAAACCGAUGUUUAUGGUGAAGUUGCUGUCCAUGAUGAUGAAGAGAGCAAAUCUGUCUAUGUUGGGAAUGUGCCAUCUUCUGUAACUGAGGCUGAUCUUGAGAAUGAGUUCAAAAAGUUUGGGCGGCUCAUUCCUGAUGGUGUUGCUAUCAGAAGCCGCAAGGAAACUGGGGGCUACUAUGCGUUUGUGGAAUUCGAAGAACUUAGUGGUGUUCACAAUGCCUUGAAGGCUUCACCAAUUGAAAUAAAUGGACGGCAGAUAUAUGUUGAGGAGCGGAAGCCUAACAGCGGCGUAAGAGGUGGAAGAAGGGGAGGCAGAGGUCGUUUUACUGGAGGCGGGCGAGGGUAUGCUAGAGGGGGAGGCGACAACGACUAUGCGGGCAACCGUGGCAGGUCGUCAAAUGGUUACCAGCGUGUUCCUCACCACGAGAGGGGCAUUUUGGGGAGCCACACCGCAAGAAACUGAUGUUAAUCCCCAUGGUGGGAUAUGCAUAUGCUGCAAGCAUGAGGUUUUGAUCCGUCAAAAGGGAGGGAGAGAUCCAUAACUAAAAACUACUGGGUUUUGCUCCGUUCCGUUAGGUUGCUUUUUUUUGUUUUGUUUUGGGUUAUGUCGCAGCAGCUGUUUCUUGGAUGAAGAACGUGUGGCCCCAACUUUGGCUAGACGCUUUGUUAUGAUGCUAAUGCAAGUCUUUUAUGUGUCGUGCCUGCA